AUGGUUUUAGAAUGUUGGCUAACACUAUCUCAAGGGCGAGCUCCAGUUACACCACCGGAAUCACCUCUCCAUUAUCCAUUCCGGUUGUGGAUUGAACGUCUACACGAUUUCGCGUUUAAUUGUGGCAAAGUAUUUCAAAGAAAAUUUGAUACUCGCACAGACAAUGCCACUCAUACUGCCACAGCAGACCUAGUCGUCAAACAGGACUGUGGCCUCAUACUUGGAGAAUCGCGUUAUGUAAUUCACCCUACUUCUCUUGAUUCCUGCUUGCAAUUACCGCUCGUGGCCAGAUUUGCCGGUAGACUAGCUGAUGCCACGGCGGGUACCAUCCUCAUAAACUUUGAUGAGGUGACUAUCUGGCAACCUGCUUCGCACCAGCUGGGAAAUCCUAAAGCUACUGAGCUUCUUGUAGAUGUCAUCAAUGUGCGAGCUCUUUUAUACAAAGCAGUAAUUCUUCAAGAAAUCGGUGUUCGAAGAGAGCCCUAUUCCGAACUUAUAUUGAAGAAGGAUAUUAGUUAUCUGCACUCAAGCAAAUUGGGUGUGCCUUUGGCCUCUACCCUAGUUGGUUUAGUUGAUUUAUACCUCCACAAAGAUACAUCGACGAGGAUACUUGCUUUGAAUGAUGAAAUAGCUAUCGCUAUGACAGAAGCACUCUCAUCAGCCGACGUUACUCUUGCAAGUUCUGAAAGUUCAAACGACUCAAAUACAUUCAAGUGUCUACAAAUUGACCUCAGCUCAAAUGUUCAAAUUGCAGACACUCCGUCUUUGCAAUAUCCGAAGCUAUAUGAACGUUUUUAUGAGUUAUUAAAUCCGACUGGAACACUUAUGCUAGAAUCAAACCAAGCGCUGAGUAAUGUUGAAGACUCACUUCAGUCGGCGGGAUCUAGUCGCAAGCUAAGCACAGCAGUCAAAUCCCAUAAUGGGGGAGAGAUUGUAUUAUCAAAAGUCAACAAGGAUAUGCACGUGUCGGUCAGUGGACACAAUACCACAUCAUUUGUCAGAAAUGUAUAUCAAACGCAACCAUCACCUUUUGUUCACUUUGUGGAACAGUUUUGUAUCGAAAACGGAUGGAAUACCAAUCUCAUGAGCAUGUUAAUGCUCGUUGAAUUGGAGAACCCACUUUUGGCGGCACUUCAAGACGCGGACCUUGGAACCAUCAAAUAUUUGACAGGCAACGCUCGGUCACUGAUCUGGGUCACAUGUGGUAGUUUGAUUUCCAAGUGUGAGCCGGAAUACGGUAUGGCACUUGGAUGGUUCGGUGCUGUGAGACAAGAGAGGUCACCCCUGGAUCUCGCUACUCUUGGUUUCGAUUUCGGAAUUAGCGCAGAUAGUAUGGUUAUCAAAGUUCCCUUUGAUACAAUGGAGCGUCAAUCUCUUGGAAAAAGUGGGGAGACAGAAUACUUCAUUGACAACAACUCCGUUUACAUUGGCCGGCUGGCUCCAGUUAGAGCAAUCAAUGCGAAGAGUGAUGAUUCACGAGUGCACCAAAAUCUACCAUCCGAUUUUAUCGAGAUUGAAGUUAAAGCCGUCGGCAUAAAUGAACAAGAUUCGCUUGUUGUUUCUGGUUCCAGCGACUCCACGGCAUUCAGUCAUGAGAUAUCGGGAAUAAUCACCCAAAUUGGCUCUAAUUCCUCGGGUUUCCAAGUUGGUGAUCAGGUUGUUGCGUUUUCCUUCGAUACGCUUUCAACAAAGCAACGAACAAAAGCCCAAUUUGUUCAACGGAUCGCUAACGAGCCGUUCGAUACCAUGGCCACCAUACCAACGGCAUUUUGCCCAGUAAUGUAUGGUCUAUACAACCUUGCUUCCAUGGGGAAAGGCGAUGUUGUUGCUAUAAUUGACGACUGUGGAUCUGUUGGUCUAGCAGCUAUUCAAUUAUGCAAAAAGACCCAAGCCAAGGCCAUUGUCAUUACUAACGUAGAUUCCACCACCAACUUACUUCUUGAUUUGGGUCUUCCGCGCGAGCAAAUCAUACGUCCUGAGAUUGAAGAUGUGGCAAUCCAAAUCCAGCGUCUAACGGGGGGUAGAGGUCCUGAUAUUAUCUUCACCUCUCAAUUGCACGAUAUCGCUAUUUUGAUGGAGUGCAGUGGAGUAAUGGCUCCCUUUGGUAAAAUAGUUACGACCUCUAUGAAGAGAGGUCCGAGAUACUGUCAAGAUUGCUCCAACAAUGUGUGGAAAUGUGCAGAAAAUAAAGAGAUAUCAGCAGUCAGCCCACUUGCCGUCGGGGAUCCGUCUCAAAUCGACGAAGUUUUCAGUUCUUUCCCGCACAACCUUGGAGAUGGCAAACUGGUGCUUGAGUACCAACCUACUUCACUAUUCAAGGUUCUACCAACACCGUCUCGGCUCCAACUUAGAUUCGACGCUUCAUAUCUUCUCAUUCUCGGUGGUCCAGGCAGAAGCUUGACAUCUCCUUCAGCUCUAGCUUUGGUUGAAGGUCUCAAAGCGAGUGGUAUGAAUGUGGUUGUGUUGCGUGCCAAUGUAGCAUCAAAACCACAAAUUUUGGAGACGAUUGCUUCAAUUGACCCAAAGUCCCCAAUACGUGGAGUUGUGCAUACAGUAAUGGUCCUAGAAGACAAACUAUUUCAAAACAUGGAUAUUGAUAGUUGGCAACAAGUCCUAGAACCAAAGGCUCAGCUGGCAGGAGCAACUACGCCGCAGGUAAUUCAGACAACUCCCUACUCUGAGAUUUCAAAAGGUUUUAACAAACUCUUAGCGAAUUCAUUCCUUGAUUUUCUCGCUCGUCAUCGAAGGAAACAAGGCCUCACCGGCACUUCACUCAUCUUGCCCAUGGUCGUCAGUAUUGGAUACGUUGCCGAUCAUCCCGAGAUCGAGACGUCUCUUCGCAGAAAAGGCUUUUAUGGCAUCGAUGAAAGUGAGAUGCUUGCCUCUUUCGAAGUUGCUAUGAUGGCUCACCAGCUGGAAGCCGAUCAUAUCAUCGCAGGAAUCAAGCCUUCUCGACUAGCUUAG